GUUUUGGCACCAUCAGGGCCUGGGCUCGAACUGGUUUCAACUGUUGUUGGGCGUGUUAGAGAGUCCAGAAAACAACUAAAUUAAAGAAAAUCAAGUAGGUAUACCGCCAUCUUGUGGUGAGUCGCAGGGCUGCGGUUGACCAACAGAGGGCGCGUUUAUAACGAGCAAACACACACAAUGUCCUGGAUGACGAUCAGGAACGUCAUGUACGGAAAAAGGAAUGACACAGCAUUUUGGGGCCAAAGGAAGGGCUGCUGCCGAGGGAAAAGAGUGCACCACAACACAAAUGUACACACACACACACACACACACACACACAGAGUGAUGCACAAUGCUGCUGGUUUCGGGCUCAUGACAUAGUCUGAAAGAAAAGAAUCAGGUAUGAGAAACAACUUUCUCAGUUUCUCACUUUGGGAAUACUUAAAAUAGCACAUGAGUAUUGUGUUUGUGUGAGAGAGAGAGAGAGAGAGAGAGAGAGAGAGAGAGUGUGUUUUCAGAUGACAUUGUAGGACAGCUGUGACAGUGAAUGACUCUGUGUGUGUGUGUGUGUGUGUGUGUGUGUGUUUUCCCCAAAGGUUUCCAAGGUAGGAUGCUAUAGGAGAAUGGUCCUUCAUGAUGUGUUAAAGCCUUCUGCAUGCUACUCAUCCAGCUCGUUUUCUUUUUUUUCAUUAUUAUUAUUACGAAUCCCCAGCAGGCGGCACUACACGCUGCUUUGCAGACUCUGCAUUUACUGUGUGGUCACAGAAGAAGCAGACAAGAGACGAUCAUGAUCGGGACAGCUGCUCUGCAGGUGGGAAUGGAAACAGAAUAGGAAGGCAAUGAGACACCAAUGACGUCAUCAUAUUGCUGCAGCACAUUCACCCGCACCAGGUGUAAAUAAGCUGAACGAUGAAAGACGGGCUGUCCAAACUCUGCAUUGCUCAGAAUUAAAGCUUUCUGCCAUAACGGAAAGCGCUGUGAUGCGAUUCUUGCUCUCCAUAUGACUGGACACCAGCAGCUGGGUGUCAUUUUGCUGAGAUGAUGGUGGUCCAUUCCAGCUUUAAUGGAAUGAUGGACAACCUGCAUCCGCACUCUGUCCUUUCUCGGCUUAGUGAACAACAAUCACAUGGCCUGUUCUGUGAUGUUACCAUCGUUGUAGAGGACAUCAAAUUCCGUGCUCACAGAAACGUCUUGGCUGCAACCAGUGGGUAUUUCCGCAAUGCUUUCACAGCGCCUGAGACUUGCAGUUCCAGCCAGGUGCUGGAAAUUCCAGAUCUAAAGUCAGAAGUUUUUGCCAGCAUCCUUAAUUUCAUUUACUCCUCCAAAGUGGAUUUAGCAAGUAAAGGGGACAACAAGUCUUUAAUAGCUGCAGGGAAAAAGUUAGGGAUCCCCUUUCUCGAGAAGCUUCUUGAUAUUGAAAGACAAGACUCUGGAAUUGCACAAAGCCAAACCAUUGCUAAGUCAGAAAGUUCGCUGAACCAGACAAAACUUUCUGUUUGUUGCACUUUGAAGAAUGAAGCACCACGACUUGAGGAGCAGGAGUGCUCCAAAGGUCCACGUAUUACUAAUGCUUUCUCCAUCACAGAAGUGCCAGAAGUUAACAACCCAUUUACUUCAGUGGACUCACAUAGUAGUGGUCAACAGUCACCAGACAUGGCGCACCAACCACUAUCAGGAGUACCAUCUGUUGAAAGUGAUUCGGUUGAUGCUAUGUUUGAACACUCAUAUGCUGUAAGCCAAGGCCAUCAAACAUCUGAGCAAAAAGAGAAGGUACAAGAGUAUGAUAAAGAGGCCAUAAAGCCUGCAGCGUUACCCUGCAAGACUCUGACAAACCAUAGGCUUGGUCCUAUUAAAAAGCGGCAUCGACAUUGCAAAGCCCUGGCACCCAUAUCCAACGAACCUAGUGAACUUAUUCAAAAUCCUGUUAGCAGUUCUGUUGUACAAAAUGGUCCUCCUGACUCCACAUCUAUGCUGCAGUCUCCAAGCUCAAAUUCAGCCUUGUGUUCUGCUCCAGAAUUGUUGCCUCCACCUGAGAUUUUGCCCCCACAGGAUGAUGAUCCACCUUCUUUGGUUCCUGAGGAUGUACCAACCUCUACAACAAACCGAUGCUUGCAAUGUCCUGAGGCAUUCAGCAGUUCAGCACUUCUUGCUGUCCACAUGCAAAGCCACAAGAGAAGAUUUGUCAGUCAUCUGUUUUGCAAGUACUGCUAUAAAAAGUUCAUACACUUGAAAAGAUUGCGCAAUCAUGAACAAGUGUGUUUGAAAAGUCUACCACAGCUGGAGUCAAAUGACAUAGAGGCUUCAGUCAGUCUAGACUCAAACAGCACACCCAUCCUAAAUGAUAAAUCGUUUCCAAGUUCUGAUCUUUCAGACACUCCACAACUUGAUAGUACAUUAUUAGGCCCAAUGGAUGCACUUCAAGAAGAAGUUACAGAAUCAAACGGUCAACGAGCUUAUAAAUGCAGUGUGUGCAAACGAGCCUAUGUAACUCUGUCUAGCUUAAAAAGGCAUGAGAAUGUGCAUUCAUGGCAAAGGGCAUAUCCUUGCCACUACUGCAAUAAAGUCUUUGCUUUGGCAGAAUACCGGACCAAACAUGAGAUCUGGCACACAGGGGAGCGGCGCUAUCAGUGCAUUUUCUGUUUGGAGACCUUCUUGACUUACUACAUCCUCAAAAACCAUCAGAAGUCCUUCCAUGGCAUCGAUCCACGUCUGGCAGUAAAAAAGAAAUCUGCUAAUGGUGGUUUCAAGGGAAGUGUAUACCCAAUAAAGCUCUACAGACUUUUGCCAAUGAAGUUCAAGAAGAAAAGGUACAAGACUUACAGUCAUACUUACUCUGAAACCAUCGGCAACCACGAGAAUUCUUUCACUGCCCCACCAGAUCUUAACUCACAAGCUGAUCCACUCAAAGGCACAGCACCUAUUUGUAACUCGGAGAGUGCCACUAGUGGCCAGUCAUUAUUUUCAAUGCCUGUGACUUUUAUGGCAACACCAAAAAUGGUGGCUUCGGAAAUGCCUCACAUUACCUUCGACCAGCCAUGUGAUCAACAUGUAGAAACUCAGUUGCCUUCGGAUAAGAAUUUGUCUCGCGUAGAAGAGGAAGGCUUUACAUCCACUAAAACACAUACUGGAUUAGCUGGUUUUCAGGCCACUGUGUCACCUGUUUUUGGUUGUGGAUACACCCAAUCUUUGACAACAGAGGAAAACACAAAAUCCUCUACAAUAAGGCACAGAAAUGACUCUUCUUCCAUGCAAUGCAGUAGUAGCACAAGCAGGGAUGGUCUGCCAUUCCUAAACAUACCGCCUGUGUGCUCAUUUGAGGGACUGAGUAAGCUUAGUGAAUUAUCAGCAGCUGCCCAAACUAUUGAAGUAAUGGCUAAUCAAUUGCUUCAGCCACAGCCGGAGACCCUAAUGCAGAAUCUUCACCCUAAUGGAAAGACAGAAACAUACAUUGCCAAGCCUGCUUGUCCUGGUCCUUCAGUGAAUAGCCAAGUCUUGCCACUGUGCCAGAUAACUGUCAAAAUCGGUAAUGAGGCGAUUAUUCGUCGCAAGAUCAAAGGAUCUAAGCUGUUUCCAAAGAGGAAAAAGAGAAGAAACUGGAAGCAAGAUAAUAAGGAAGGUAACACUGCGGAAGACGAUGUAGGAUUCCCAAACUUGCGCUUACGGACAGACGUUUCAAGCUCGGUCACAGAAGAUGAGCCAUACGAGGAUGUGAACGAUCCUGAAAACGAUAAACUGUGGCGUCCUUAUUACACAUACAAACCUAAAAAGAAAGGCAAAAGAUUCCGAUCCAAGCGGAAAAGAUUAAAGGUGGCUCAAUACUACACAAAGCCACUGUCUCCUGAACCAGAUGAUAACUUCAUGGAAAUGGAUUGUGGUCUAGAGGACAGAGCAGCGAAACCUGAGUCUAGGAUGGAACUAAGGAGUCAAAGUCCAAAAGAAACAUUUACCUGCGGUCGCUGUAGUAGCUCUUUCGUGACUUCAGCAUCCCUUAGCAUGCAUAUCAUCAACUGUCAUCAAUCUUGCUGCAAGAUUUGUGGUAAACAGUGUCCUCUCGAAGAGCUUCCUAGUGCAGAUGUCCCAUUCGUUGGGGAUUUUGCCUGCCAAAGUUGCACCGAGGACGGCUCCUGCUUUAACUCGACAGAGAUGACUCGUAGCCUGAGUACUGAAAAGCGCUACCGCUGCUCAUACUGCCCGCAGCGGUUCCUCUACCUUGCCACCAAAAGGAGCCAUGAAGCAAAACAUCUCGAGAGGUUCAGUACAGAACAUAGCUGUCGGUACUGUUCUAAAGUGUGCAAAUCUGCACUGCUGCUCGGUAUACACGAGAGCAAGCAUUUCAAUAAGGUAAAAGAGACAGAAAAUAGUGAGAUCAAGGCAAUCUCAAGAUCAUAUUUGCCCGCUUCAGAGAGCAAAGAACAACCGAAGAUUGAACCUUGGGCAAGUCCUGAAAUCUCAUUACCACUCAGCCCUAAAACUGAGGAGGCACUGGAUGCUACAGAUGAUAAGGGAAUUUUCCCCAAAAUUUCUAAACACCAUAAAAAAUCAUCCAUUUUGCUGUCCUAUAAAGGUGACAGGACUUCAUCUCCAUUUCAUCCAGAAAUACAGAGAAGAAAAUCUAAGAAGAAAAGCUUCGUGGAAUUUUCGAAAGACUCCACUCGAGGCUUGCUUGACACUGAAGUGCAUAAAGGCCAUCUUUCGAAAAGUUUAACAAACAACCAUCUCAACACAUCCAAUCUCUAUUCAACAUGUCUGACGAGAGUGCCUGCUAUUAAGGGAGCUCCCCUGCAGUCACCCAAGUCAGAGUGGCGUAUGUGUAAAGAGGAACCUGGUUUUUACACCCACAACUGAUCCUGAAAAAAAUGAAAUGCGGAAAAUGAGGUUACAUAGUAAACUUUAAUGAGUGUAGUACAAAUACACACAUUUCUAACUGACAGAAAUGGAAGUUGCUAUAGUCACUUUACAAUGGUGUAGAUAUAAAGUAUUUUUUAGUUGUUUUCUGCAAAAUACUGUUGGUAGUUUUUUAUGUUUUUUCUACGAGAGGAGAAAAUUAUAUUUUUUUAUGAUUUCAUUCGUCUCCUUGGAUCAAGUGGGUGUGACUUUGCUUAUCAGAUGCAUAACAGAAGCAGGACUUAAUCACAUUGUAAAGACUGAAUUCAAAUGUUCUCAUAUUCACGUUCACAUUAUUCGUUACAUGCACUUGAAUGUGUUUCAUUCAUUUUUCAUUCAUUUUGAACUACUCUUUUAAAUGAAUUAAGCUAAUUGUUUGACAGUUGACAAUCGCUGGGUAGAUGCAAAUCGGAUAAAUUAAAAUCUAUUUUACUCAGUGUUUGAUUAUUUUGAGAAAACAGGUAGUUCAAAAGGAACUGAAGUAAGUCAUUAUUGUGACUCAAAUGGGUUGACAAUGUUCAAUUCAGCGAAAUGCAAUGGUUGAUGUUACAGUGAUUGAUACGGUAUGUUAACCCAAAGUGUUUAUGAUGCCCUCUAGUGGCUGGCUGUAUAAAUUGAUCCUUGCCUUUAUCCAAGUGAAUGGACUAAGCUAUUUUUUCACUUGUUAAGUCAUUUAUUCCUGGCACUUAAGCGCUGUAGAAUUUCUCUUCCUAUUUAUAUUUCUUCCAGUUUUACUGUUUAUGAUGAGUACAUAUUAAAGAAGUAACAUCCUGUAAUAAUGCACUUGCAUUGAAGGCACGCAGACACUUUUGUUAUCUGCCAGACCUACAUAAUUGGGGUCUACACAGUACAUGGGGUGUUGUAUUAAUUAAAACUUAUGUUUGUGUGCCUUCUCCUUUGUCAUUGGGCACAGCUGUAAUUAUGGUUUCAUUAGUGAUUGACUAAUGUUUCACUUGCCCUGUAGUUUAAUCUGUUUGUUUACAGUUAUUAAUAUGGUAAAAUAUUUGAAGGUAUUGCCAAAGUAUUCCAACUGCUCAAAGUUAUUAAUGUGGGCUGGCUUUUAAAAUAAAGUUUAAGAAAUGGGCAACCUGUGCAUGCCCAGUGCAGUUUUGAAUGUUUUAUGAAUGUGAUAGUUCUCUUUGGGUGUUUCUUUUUUGGGAGAGGAUUCUUUUUUUUUUUUUUGCUGACCAAGUAAAUCUAUAUAAUCUGUAAUUUCUGAUUUGAUAACAAUUGUAUUUUUGUGCUUUGUUUUAUUAUUGUGACCACCUGUAAAGACUCCAGAAUAUGAUUUGUACUGUACUGUUCCUAAAUCCACUGCUCUAGCAGUACAGAUCUUGAAGACAUGCACAUUUUGUAUUCCAGUAUAGCUUUAAGCAGUAGAUCCACCUCAUUUUUAAUCCAUACUUAUGAAUCUUUGCAUUAUUAUUUUGUUUCAAAACCUUUGGUCAUGUUGAGAUUUGUCAUAUUUCUGUUUUGCUUCUCAGUAUACAUGUUUUUAGAGUUAUUCUUGACACGUUAGACAUAAUACAAUAAGACACGUUGUCGCCGCGUUGGAGUUCUCAGGUCUAAUUUCUGUCCUAUUGUUUUUGCAUUAAUACACAUUUUGCACACCUUCAACAUCUUUGUAGCGGUUAUUGGUAAAGCUCGAUUCAUAUUUGCUACUCUUGUCUGAGUUGGUUCGGAGAUUGGGAUUUUAGAAAGUGUUUAUUAUUGUAAAAUAUCUAAACUCUUAUCUUUCUCUUCUGAAUAACAGCAAUGUCACUGAUCGCUAUAGGACCAAUGUUCCAAUUGUUCACACAAAUGCUCCUAUGAAGAAUACGCAAUAAAUAUUAUUAAUUGCAA